AUGUCUCUAGACAACAGUCUAGACAGUUCGGAAAAUCCCCUCGGACUCGAGGACAAAAAGAUAGACUUCAACACAAUUGAUCUCAAAUUCUUGACUGACAACCUCUCCCAAUUUACUUAUAAUACUCAAAGCACCAAAGCUGCGGAAACGUCGUCCAGCUUCAAAAGGCUGGACAGCGGCUUCAACGAGAACACGUUCUACGCGAACGCGUCCAGUUACUACGAAAGUGCCAUAAAACCGUCAGAGCUGACUGUCACCAGCACAUCCAAGUUCAACAGCAGCAACACCGCGCUGAAGGAGAUAUCCAACGUCAACUGGAUGAGGGUCGACAGCGGCUUUAAGGAUGAAACGUCAGCGGACUGCACCAACUUCUACGCCAAUAGCGAGCAGUCGCUGCCGAAGUUUGCUGGUUUCCGCUUUUCCGAAGCGAAACUUACUGACAAGGAGAACGCCGUCGGGGAUUUCGUGCAGACAGCGACUAAAAACGAAGCGCUCUCCAUGUCCGAUAUUUUCGCGGAGGAGAUGACCUUCAACUGCAACUUCUCUUCUACGCCCUCUAAGAGUAAAGCGCGUAAAGUCAAUUCU